GGUCUCCUCGCCUCUGGCGCGGUGGGAGAAGGCCGGACUGAGAACCUCUGGAGCAGGCUCAGAUCCCACCAGCCCAACCUCCUAGGGAGCCAGCCUCGCUUGGCUUGAGCUUGUUUUGUUUGUUGUCUUUUCUUUUAAUCUCGCAUGUUUUAAAAACCUCUUAGAAUUUCUUGGCGAUUCGCAGUCAUGGAGGUAGCGCAGCUCAAGUACCUGGAGGAGGACUUCGGCCUGGCCAAAAGGAGAUACGCGGAGCUGCGCAGGCAGAAACGGAUCUUCAAUGCCAGGAACAGGAUCAUCGGGGGAGACACAGAAGCCUGGGACGUUCAGGUUUGUGACCAGAAGAUAAAAGAAGCAACUGAAAAAGCUAGACAGGAAACCUUUGCUGCUGAAAUGAGGCAAAAUGACAAGAUCGCAUGCAUAUCAGAAGACCGGGAAAGGAGAGAGAGGAAAAAUCUCUGUAAAGCUAUCAAUGAUUUCCAACAGAGCUUUCAGAAGCCAGAAACUCGCCGUGAAUUUGACCUCUCCAACCCCCUAGCCCUUAAGAAAGAUCUUCCAGCCCGGCAGUCAGAUAAUGAUGCUUGGAAUACAAUAUCAGGAAUGCAGAAAUUCAUGGGAGAGGAUUUAAACUUCUAUCAGAGGAAGAAAUUCCAAGAGGAACAAAACAGGGAAUGGUCCUUGCAACAGCAAAGGGAAUGGAAGGUUGCCCGCGCCAACCAAAAAUGCGCAGAGGAUCUCUACCUGAAGACAAGGCUGCAGUUUGACGAAACAGCCAAGCAUUUACAGAAUCUGGAAAGCACCAACAGAAAGGCGGUUUGUGCAGCUGUGAAAGAAUUCAACAAGAACCAGGCCUUGGAGUCAGCGGAAAAGAAAAUUCAAGAGAAAAAACAAGACCAAGAAGACAACCUGGCCGAGAUCUCCAACCUGCUGCGUGGGGACCUGCUCUCGGAGAACCCCCAGCAGGCAGCCAGCUCCUUCGGGCCCCAUCGCGUGGUCCCUGACCGCUGGAAGGGCAUGAGCCGGGAGCAGCUGGAGCACAUCCGCCUGGUUCAGAAACAGCAAGUACAGGAGAAGCUGAGGAUCCAGGAGGGAAGCUCCAGCGAGACAUGGAUUGGGACAGGCAGAGGGUCCAGCGGGCUCGUGCCGCCUUGCUGCUUGAGCGACAGCAGCAGCGCCAACAGCAUGACCUGCGCAGAGCCCUGGACUGCAACAACCUCGGCCUGGCCAAGGAGCAGCUUUCGCAGAAAAAAUAUAUGAAGGAAAUCUGUACAAAUCAUCUCACAGAAGAUUAUUUCGCACAAUUUAAUACAAGAAGUCGAUAAUGAAAAAGGCACCUUCUUUCCCUCUGAAUCGUUUACCUAUAAAGGGCAGUAACCUUGAAGAGUCCCAUCUGUUAAAAAAAAAAAGGCACUCUUUGGUCCAGAA